GGCGCCGGGGCCGGUGUCCCCGCCGGGCUCUGUCAGCGCGGCCAUGCUGCGCAACGGGGCGGGCGGCGGGGCGGGCGCGGCGGGGCCCCGGCCGGUGCGCGUCUGGUGCGACGGAUGCUAUGACAUGGUGCACUAUGGCCACUCCAACCAGCUGCGCCAGGCUCGGGCCAUGGGGGACUACCUGAUCGUUGGAGUCCACACCGAUGAGGAGAUUGCCAAGCACAAGGGCCCCCCUGUCUUUACACAGGAGGAGAGGUACAAAAUGGUGCAAGCCAUCAAGUGGGUGGAUGAGAUUGCUCCAGGAGCUCCCUAUGUCACCACACUGGAAACCUUGGACAAAUACAACUGUGACUUCUGUGUGCACGGUGAUGACAUCACCCUCACGGUAGAUGGCAAAGAUACCUACGAGGAGGUGAAGAAAGCUGGGAGAUACAGGGAAUGCAAACGCACCCAAGGUGUGUCCACUACCGACCUCGUUGGCCGCAUGCUGCUCAUGACUAAGGCUCACCACAGCAAUAUAGAUGAGGACCUAGACUAUCGGAAGCACACUGACAACUUUGGGAAGGGGCCAAAAGGUCACAGUCCCUGGACUGGUGUCUCACAGUUCCUACAGACAUCUCAGAAGAUCAUCCAGUUUGCAUCAGGGAAGGAACCACAGCCAGGAGACACUAUCAUCUACGUGGCUGGAGCCUUUGACCUAUUCCACGUUGGACAUGUGGAUUUCCUGGAGAAGGUUCACCAGCUGGCAAAGAAACCCUACAUCAUCGCUGGGCUGCACUUUGAUCAGGAAGUAAAUCGCUACAAAGGGAAGAACUAUCCCAUCAUGAACAUCCAUGAGAGAACACUCAGUGUCUUGGCCUGCAGGUACGUCUCGGAGGUGGUGAUUGGGGCACCCUACGCUGUCACUGCUGACCUGCUGGAUCACUUCAGGGUAACACUUGUGUGUCAUGGGAUGACAGAGGUGGUGCCAGACAAGGACGGUUCUGAUCCCUACAAGAGCUGCACACUCCCAGGUCCUGCCUGGCUUUCACAGCAGGCUCUGGUGGGUUUGCUCACAGGAACCCAAGAGACGCAACAUCUUCCAGCUGGUGGACAGUGGCAGCAACCUCACCACAGACCUGAUUGUGCAAAGGAUUAUCAAGAACAGGCUGGAGUUUGAAGCCAGGAACCAGAAGAAGGAAGCAAAAGAGUUGGCUGUGCUGGAGGCCAUGAAGAGAUUGGGCGAGGAGCAGCCCUAGGCCAGCCCGGAGCUGCUGCCCGGGUCGCGGCGCCGCAGCCUCCCGGUCCCGGUCAGCGGGCGGCUCUUGAGAGGGACCCCCGGGGCGGGGGCGGCGCUGCCGGCGGGCUCUGCCCUACCCGCUUCUGCCCUCGCUCCUCCUGCACUAAUUAAGCAGACAUAACGAGGCGGGAGCCUGCUGCCUAGUUUUUCCUCCACUAAUCAGCCCCCGGCCCCUUUCCCAGGAGGAGUUUUGACAAAAAAACAGUUUUAAUUAUAACUAAUGUUUUAACAUGUUGAUGUGCUUUUACCUUCUGCCAUCUCUGGCUUUUAGCAGGAGGCAGCGGAGCAGCCGCCCCGCCCUUCCCGAGGCUCCCGGGGCUGGUUCCCAGGCCCCGCCGCUCCACGGGCGGGGACCGGCCGGGCGGGGCCUCUCUCCGCUGCGCCCGGUGCCAGCGGAUCACCCGGUGCCGCGGUGAGGGGCAGCGGGCUGGUGGGCACGGGACCCCCGGCUCCGCGGGCUCCCCGGCGGGGUGAGGGGUUUUCCCGCACAAGCUGGGGGCACCUCGGGGGGCUCGGCCCCUUCUCGUGCUGCUGCCAGCGUCCACCUUGUGCCUGAGGAGUGACCUGAGGGAGGGGCCCUGUCAGCUGUCAGGGCUCGGGGGUCACACCGCCCUCCUGCCCCGGGGGCGGGCCCAGCCCCUCCUGCCCCUCUGAACGGUCCUUCCGCUCCGGUUCUGUUGUCUGCUCUGUUGUAAACCUUUGUUGCUGAUCAUUAAUAAAACGUUCAAGAGUUU